UAGAUUUACAUUUAAUAGACUGAAGCAGGAGUACCUCUACAGCUCCUCAUUCAUCACUAUGAACAGGCAUAUUUCACCAACAUGUCUAACUGAUUCCUUCAAUACUCUCUCCUCUGUAUUUAACAGCUUUAAAACUUGCCAAAGCUUUGUUAUUUUCCAGUGUUUAGCAUAAUUGCAAAGGGAUAAUUAUUUCAUCAUAUGUAUUCGCUCAUAAAUAUUAUGAAUAGAAGUCGGCUGUAUAACAGACACACCUCCCAGUCCUGUUAAGCUCAGCUAAACACUCUUCACAAUGCAAAUCCCUGUGCACAGCAAGUCAGCAUGUUUGCGCACACGUUGCUUUGCACGCUGGAGACUGUAGUCCUGCUCAGUCAAGAGCCACAAGCCCUGGUGAUUACACAAAGUGGAGAAGAACCACAUAGCCCAGCAUGACUUACUGCACCUGCUUAUUUAUCCAGCAGUGACUGGGUGAACUGAAACGGUGACCAAUGGGCUGGUAAUCUUUUUGAUUCUGACCCCUAAAUGCUGUCUAAUCAGCUCUUAUUUUAUAGUUUAGUUUAGUGGAAAAGUUGUGAAUUCACUGUUACAUCUGCUGCUUGUGGAACAAGACUCAUCUGCCUGGGAUUUUUUUUUUUUUAAAUCGUCAAGACACAGGUAAUACAUUUUCCCCUUUUUUUAAAAAAAUUUCGAAACAUCUUGUUUGUGCCCAGGUGUCAUUCACGAGAUUUUAAAGGGUUCGGUGUAAUAUAUCUGCUUAAGUUUGGUGUCACUUUAUCAAGGACUGCUCCUGGACAUGAAACCGGGUGUGCGGGUCUGUGUGCCCUCUGCGGCGGUCCUGGGCCUGUUUUGCCGAGGCUGUCUCAGCAGGUCACGGAGCUGGCCCGGCCGCAGCUUCAGUUCUUUGCCCAGGCAGAUGAGCAGGUGGAACAGCCAGGACACCUGCAGCCCCCCAUCUCCUCAGGAAAACGUGCGCGUGCUCAUCACAGGCCCGUUUGUAUACGCUGAUGUUUUGGACUACAAACACCUCCGAGAACUUAUUGUAAAUAACCGCAUCACUUGGCUGGUCCACUACAGCGCUCUGCUUAGUGCUGUGGGUGAGGCUAAUGUGGCUUUGGCACGAAAGAUCAACAUCACAGGCCUACAUAAUGUGCUGGACUUGGCCUUAGAGAACUGUUUGCGCCUCUUUGUCCCCAGCACUAUUGGGGCAUUUGGUCCCUCUUCUCCACGUGACCCGGCCCCUGACCUCUGUGUUCAAAGACCUCGAACCAUCUACGGCGUGUCUAAAGUGCAUGGUGAACUGAUGGGGGAGUAUCUCCAUCAUAAAUAUGGCUUGGACUUCCGCUGCCUGCGUUACCCUGGAGUGAUAUCAGUUAACACGCCUCCUGGUGGUGGAACUACAGACUACGCAGUUCAGAUCUUCCAUGAUGCUCUCAGCACGGGUCACCAUGAGUGCUACCUGCGACCCGACACCCGUCUUCCCAUGAUGCAUAUCUCUGACUGCCACCGUGCCACGGUAGAGUUCAUGCAGGCUCCAGAGUGCCAGCUGUCACUGCGCACCUACAACAUAGCUGCCAUGAGCUUCACCCCUGAAGAGGUGGCCCAAGAAAUCCGCAAGCAUCUCCCUCACCUCAAGGUCACCUACAAUCCCGACACUGUCCGCCAGACCAUUGCAGACAGCUGGCCUGUGAGAUUUGAUGACACCAAUGCCAGGAGAGACUGGGGCUGGGCGCCAGCCUUCGGGCUUGAGGAGCUGGUGUCGGACAUGCUCCGCUCCAUCCGAGACAAGAGGACCAACGAGGGUUUGCCAGUCAGCUAGCAAAACCUGCUGCAUCAAGACUAACCAAUGCCCUACCUACCACUAACUUUUCCUCAGUCUACAUUUACCAACAGCACACUUUGUUUUACUUCACUUUUACAAAUUGUCAACCAGUAUCAUCUGUUUGUCUGGAGCAUCGCUGCACCGUGCCAGGGACUGAUUGUAAAAUGGAAAUUCUCAGUCAUAACCUCUUUAUAUUCAGUGGAAAGUGAGAUGUCAAACACAUGUGCACCCACACACACACACACACAGACACACACACUUCAGUCUUUUCAGGGAAUCAGAUACUGUCAAACCUUCUCUUCAUCUUUGUGGUUUUUAUUGUUCUCAUGGUAUAAGCAUCACUUUACACAUGGGCAUGUUGCCUCAGGUGGAACAGAAAUAUUUCUUAAGCUUUAAAGAGUUUCAGAUGUUGAUCACAUGCAUGGGCACACCAGCGUGUUUCAGCGUCUGUUACAAUAUCUAAUACAAUAUGGACAAGUUCCACGUGUAGAACAACAAAUCUGUUGGACAUUUUGAAUCCAGGAUCAUCUGGAAUGACUGGCUCAGUUGACUUUGGACUGUAAUGAAAAAUCAUGUAUCCUGGCUGUUUUGUAAAGCACUCUUUUAUAAUAUAGACUAUCAAGUGAAACUCACAGUAUAUACAACCGCACUACCCUUGCCGUGGCACAGAACAGGAAGCCUUUACUUUUUUGCCAGCGGUGUGAUUACAAAUAUGAAUGAGUAACAGUAUCAAAUGAGGCCGUAUUUACUUAGGAAAACAAUAUAUUAAAAAAUGCUGUGUACUUUGAAUCAGACCUUUAACAAUAAAAAUAUUAUUUACCCAAAGA